CGCGUAUCCGCCCUCUUCGGAAUUCCGUUCGCGUCCGGUUCGUUCACAGUGUACUGGUCUCUGACAAGCUCACUUUAAAAUUUACGGAAAUGCCAUCGAAGACACUUGGUCUCUUGCUUCUUUACGUGGCCGCCGCCGCGGGCUGCUCAGCGACGGGCAAAACGGUCUCAGUCACGGGCUACAUCAUGGACAACCUCUGCAUCGACAUGGGCACGCUUCUCGACAAGCCGCAAGUCAAGACGCUUCUCAACCCCGAGCUGCACUCGAUCCACUGCCUCGUGGACGUCAAGGCGUGCGUUAGCUCCAAGUACACGGUGCUUGCGCCGCCCACCGGCAACGCAUCGAACCUUUACUCCGUAGCCUACCAGCUCGACGCCGGCACGACCGAGAAGCUCCAGGCGCUGGCCGAAGCGGCGCGGAAGGCGGGCGGCAACCAAGGCUUUGCAGCGACGCUGACGGGCAUUGACGACGGCAGCAAGACGCUGCAGUGUGCGACCAUCGACCCAACGGUCAACGUCGACGGAAAGGCCAUCACCGUCACGAGCGCCGGCAGUGCCACGUCACUCCUUUCAUCACUGGUCGCCCUCGUGGCCGUGGCCGUCGUGCUCGUAGUUUAGAUUCAAUAUGUGGUCUUUUCGACCUUUGUAUACGUGGCGAUAUAUGCAAACCUUGAUCAUUUAAAAAGCUGUGCUCAGUACAUAAAAUGAUUAUAAUCAUCAGCG